ACUAAAAAACGUGAAUAUAUUCGACGAAUACAUGUCAUAAAAUGGAAGGAGGUGCUGCUGCUGGAAGUAGAACUACCAGAUUUAUGAUGGAAGGCGUUGGUGCACGUGUAAUACGAGGGCCAGACUGGAAAUGGGGAAAACAGGAUGGAGGGGAAGGUCAUGUUGGAACUGUGAGGAAUUUCGAAUCGCCAGAAGAAGUUGUAGUUGUUUGGGAUAAUGGUACUGCUGCAAACUAUAGAUGUUCUGGAGCGUAUGACUUAAGAAUUCUAGACAGUGCCCCAACAGGUGUUAAACAUGAUGGCACAAUGUGUGACACGUGUCGUCAGCAGCCAAUAUUUGGGAUUCGUUGGAAGUGUGCCGAAUGUGGGAAUUAUGACCUGUGUUCUAUCUGUUACCACGGUGACAAGCAUCAUCUUCGUCAUCGUUUCUAUCGUAUCACAACACCUGGCAGUGAGAGAAUGUUGCUGGAACCUCGUCGAAAAAGCAAGAAGGUGGCCGUUCGUGGGAUCUUUCCGGGAGCACGCGUCGUGCGCGGUGUCGACUGGCAGUGGGAGGACCAGGAUGGCGGUAAUGGGCGUCGCGGGAAAGUGAACGAGAUUCAGGAUUGGUCCGCGGCCAGUCCACGUUCAGCCGCUUACGUUGUGUGGGAUAAUGGUGCCAAGAAUCUGUACCGUGUUGGGUUUGAGGGCAUGGCUGAUUUGAAGGUGGUGAAUGACGCAAAGGGACAGACGGUGUAUCGUGACCAUUUACCACUCUUGGGCGAGCAGGGACCCGGCCGUUCCGGACCGCACGGACUCCAGAUUGGAGAUCAGGUGAACGUCGACUUGGAGUUGGAGAUUGUACAGUCGUUGCAACACGGGCACGGCGGCUGGACUGACGGAAUGUUCGAGUGCCUGGGAACGACCGGCACCGUGGUCGGUAUCGACGAGGAUCAUGACAUCGUAGUGUCAUAUCCAAGUGGCAACCGCUGGACGUUCAAUCCCGCGGUACUCACCAAAGUUGUGGUGGCCGCUCCCAGUGGCGGUACCGGUCCAAACGACGCGCAGCAACAGUUCACUGUUGGUGACUUGGUUCAGAUAUGUAGUGACCUUGAACGUAUAAAAAUUCUGCAGCGUGGCCAUGGCGAAUGGGCCGAAGCAAUGGCUCCAACUCUCGGGAAGAUCGGCCGUGUGCAACAGAUUUACCACGACAAUGACCUUAAGGUGGAAGUUUGUGGCACCUCUUGGACGUACAAUCCCGUAGCUGUCACGAAGGUUGCUUCGUCAGAUGGCACGGUACCCGGCACGUCCAGUGGGGAGCGCUUGAGUGCGCUGCUGAAGAAGCUCUUUGAGACUCACGUGUCCGGUGACGUAAAUGAGGAGCUGGUCAAGACGGCUGCUAACGGUGACGCGCAGAAGUGUGAGGAAUCUCUGAAGCGUACGGAUGCUGAUGUGAAUGGAGUAUUUGCUGGACACACUGCUCUUCAGGCAGCAAGUCAAAACGGGCAUCUCGAAGUUAUCAAGAUUCUUCUGCGACACAAGGCCGACGUUGAGAUUGAGGACAAAGAUGGAGACCGCGCGGCGCAUCACGCGGCAUUUGGCGAUGAACCGGGCGUGAUGGAACUGUUGGCGCACGCGGGCGCAGAUCUGAACGCUCGCAACAAGCGUCGUCAGACCGCCCUCCACAUCGCCGUCAACAAGGGACAUGUCGGUGUCGUGAAAACUCUUCUGGAACUCGGAUGCCAUCCCAGCCUUCAGGAUUCCGAAGGUGACACGCCACUGCACGACGCCAUAUCGAAGAAGCGCGACGACAUGUUGACGCUGCUUCUGGAGCACAACGCAGACAUCAUGCUGACCAACAACAACGGUUUCAACGCCCUCCACCACGCGGCUCUUCGCGGAAACCCAAGUGCCAUGCGGAUUCUGCUCAUGAAGCUGCCUCGACCGUGGAUUGUGGAUGAGAAGAAGGAUGAUGGCUACACAGCCCUCCACCUGGCGGCCCUCAACAACCAUGUGGAGGUGGCAGAACUGCUCGUGCACCAGGGGCAGGCCAACAUGGACCUGCAGAAUGUGAACCUUCAAACUGCCCUUCACUUGGCAGUGGAGCGCCAGCACACGCAGAUAGUGCGACUACUGGUACGUGAGGGGUCAAAUCUUAACAUCCCAGAUAAGGAUGGAGACACUCCGCUGCAUGAAGCACUGCGACACCACACUUUAUCUCAGUUACGACAGCUGCAGGAUGUGCAGGAUGUUGGGAAGCUGUUAAUGGGACUGGGCAGCCAGGGUGCGGACAAAAAGUCUUCAGCGUCAAUUGCCUGCUUCUUAGCUGGGAACGGGGCUGAUCUUGGCAUCAAGAACAAGAAGGGGCAGACACCACUGGAUCUGUGUCCUGACCCCAACCUGUGCAAGGCCCUUGCCAAAUGUCACAAGGACAAAGACACUGACCAGAUUGAGCCACGGCGGGCAGAUGGCCCAGGUGGGGAAGAUGGCGUUACACUAGAUGAGUGCUUGGUGUGCUCUGAUCUCAAGCGAGACACACUGUUCAAACCGUGCGGACAUGUGGCUUGCUGUUCGGUAUGUUCUCCCCGCGUCAAGAAGUGUCUAGUGUGCCGGGAACCUGUUGUGGGCAGAGUUAAGAUUGAAGAGUGUGUGGUGUGUUCUGAUAAGAAGGCUUCAGUGCUCUUCAAACCUUGUGGACACAUGUGUGCAUGUGAUGGCUGUGCUGCUCUCAUGAAGAAAUGUGUUCAGUGCCGUGCGCAGAUUGAUCACAUGGUGCCUUUUGUGGUUUGCUGUGGUGGAAUUGGGAACAUAUCAGAUGUUCAGGCUGAUAAUGAGGAAGAUAUUGUUGGGCCCCUAGGUGGAGUUCCAGUAGAACCUGUAUGUCUGACUGGUGCGCUGAUGAACAACGGAAGUCGGGACACGUCCAACUCGGACAUACAGAAAUUGCAGCAGCAGCUGCAAGACAUUAAGGAACAGACCAUGUGCCCUGUAUGUCUGGACCGGCUCAAGAACAUGAUCUUCCUCUGCGGACAUGGCACGUGUCAGAUGUGUGGUGACCGCAUGUCUGAGUGUCCCAUCUGUCGCAAGCAGGUUGAAAAACGCAUUCUCCUCUACUGAGGAAUGCUUGUGUCCAGGUCUCUGGUAGACAGGCUGGCUCUCUUCCGCAGCUGACGCACAUGUACGUUGCUUCCCUGCUUCAGUCUCCCAGCCUGUUCAAUUUGGAACGUCAAUCCAGGCCACAGUCCUCUUAAUACACGUGUAUAUUUUGGAAUGGAUUAUUCUGUUUGGGUAAGAAUAACACGUAUUUUAUUCAUGUUCUGUCAUUAUGUUUGUGAAGAGGAAACAUUGAAUUAUUAAAAGUAGAUUGGGUUCUGUACUGUCAUAAUACUUGCCAGAUAUAAUUAAUGCGUUCUGUAGUCAUUUAUCAUAGUACAUUUGUCAGCAGUAUAUAAUGAAUUUCUGAAUAACAUGCUCUUGUUAUUCUUUGUUACUUUCAUAAUUAAAUAUGUUUUGUGGUUUUUUAUUUCCUGAAAUGAAUCAAUUAUUGAGUCAAGAUAUUGUUAUAAAGAAGCUCACGGACGGACUGUGGAUGUCAGGUACUUUGGGCUUAGCAAUUUGAUGGAAGUUUGUAUGGCAAAUGAAAUAGGUCUGCGUAAUAAGUACGUUUAUUCUAGUACCACAAAUCCCUGAAGGUCACAGUUACUUCUAGAAGGCAAAAAGAAAAGAUUGUUGUUUCAUGCUGGCUCGGGUACUAGUUCACUUUAUUAGUUUUUUGUAUGGCAUUAUGGAAUUUCUGCUUCGCUUAUAAAUGAUAUAAAGAAUACAGUUUUCUGUUAUGUCAUAAGUAUGAAGCCAUGAAGGUGUGUAGGGGGAGGUGGAGGUAGAUCCACACAAUCUGGAGCUGGAGAUGAGCAAUGCUCUUAUGCUCUGACUGGUAAAUCUGCGUUGUGCAGAAGAAGAGUGAAUGUAAAUUUAUAAUUGUGUUGUUAUUCUGUAUCAUAUCGUGCAAAAAGAUAUAAAAGAUGAAAUAUGAUAUAGAAAUACACACACACACACAUGCACAUUUAUUCAUAUACAUGUGUGAAAUGCAUAUAAAAUUCUAUACCCUUUUUAACUAUAGUUCUUAAUAUAAGAUACACUUGUUUGUGUUUGAAUGUAUAAUGUAGCUGCUGUUGUUUACAGGCGCAGGUAGUUGACUCGAUUUAUACGAGCAUCUUGGUUUGUUCUAUGUCGGUAAAUAUAAUCUUAUUUUAUUAUAGAUCUAUGUCAAUUUACAUUACAUCAGAUUUUGCCAUCUUUAAAUUUACAAUAAGAUUUUGCUUUUAAUAUUAACUUACAAUUAAAUGAGCCUUCAAAAUAAUGGAGUUGAGCUUCAUGCAUAUGGCCUAUAAAUAUUUUUAAAGAUGUUAUCAAAACUAAUGGAUGGUUGUGGUUUAUCGCUCUUUAUUGAGCCGUUUCAUAUGUUUGCUUUUAUAUUGUUUCUUUUCGCCAUCUUCAUGAUCUUCCUCGUACUGCGUGUCAUUGGAAUGGUAUGUAUUUGCUUAUAUCAGCGUGCCUGGUUCCUGCUUUGCUGAGCACGUCAUUGGGACAGCAAAGAACUAUUUUUGACAUCAUAUCUUGCAUAUUCUAUUUCCAUAUCUAAAGAUGUGUACCUUGUUUCCAUACGUUUUAGCAUUAUUAGUGGAAAUCUGUUUAUUACUGGUUUACAAAUAAAUGUAAUGAGAGCUGUUGGAAUCUGAAUAAAAAAGAAUAUUUGUAUGAAGUGCUACAUGGUGCAAAGGACUCAAAGUAUUAUACCUGUAUGAACCAUGCAUUGCGGACUGCACAAUCCAGUGUGAGACUCCUUGGUCAGUUUUGUGACUAAACCCAAAUUGUCUAUGAAUUUUUAUCAUGUAUUAAUUAAUUGUGGUUCCUCUUUCCCCCCAAAACACUGUCAAAAUGUGUGAAAUGCAUAGUGUAUGUUGUAUGACUGCAUUAUUUGUACAAAUAACUCUUAAUCAGUUAAAACUUCCUUUUUAAUGGCCGACUAUAGAGACAUUUGGUUGGUGGCAAAUACGCCACAUUAUAUUUUGCUGCUCCAGUGUGCAUGUAUUGAGAAUUUGUGUCACAAAGUUUGUUUUUAUUUAUUCUUUAUGCUCGGUAAGAAGGGUGUGGUAUGAAACUGUAACUGUGAACUGAAAUAAGGAAAUAAUUUUGGGCCAUCAGCUGUGUCAAAUGGUUCCUGAAGUGUCACCACGUCUUUACCAUUUGGCAUGGCCGAUUGCCUGAGAGGAUUUCAUGAAUCCAGUAAGAAGGGUUUAAAGUUACCCAGUGUGUUUUUACUUAUGCCCUUUGUACCAAGCGCUAAGGAAUUAUGACUUAUAUUGAGAUGGAUAUGUGAUGAGAUGCAAAAGGUUUUUAGAAUUAUGUGACUGGAGGUAAGAGUUUUACUUUGUUUGUUAUUUUUACAUUAGUCUUAUGAGUUGCUUGUAGGAUCAAUUUAUUGUAAAGUAAUAAAGUAUAGUGUAGUGUA